AUGAAACCUGACCUUGCAGUAUUGCAAAAGCACGUGACCCCUUCACCAUUUGGCAGGGGAGCAGAAACUGUCAUGGAUCCAACUUACAGGAAUGGAACAGAGCUCAAAGUGGAUGAAAUCGCCUUCAGGUUGCCAGAGGAUAAGAAAUCGCUAUAUGAAACAUUCGUGAACAGCAUCGAGGGUGAACUCUAUACAAGCAUGUUUGUAGGGAAGAGCGUUUCUCUCAAGUUUUACAAACUCGCUAUAUACGGCGAAGGAGGUCAUUUUGACUGGCAUCGUGACUCAACACAUAGCGAUGCUCACCAUGGAAUGGUGCUCGUCGUACUUAACACGGAAUGGGAGGGAGGGGAGCUUAUGUUGAGGCAUCAAGGCAUUAAAACAAUUGUCAACAUGCAUCCAACAAAGUAUGCGAGAAAGUCUGGCGAAGGGCUCCGGCCAGUUGUGGUAGCAUUCUACACAGACACAGAACAUAAAGUCAUGCCUGUCACCAAGGGCACACAGCUGGUACUUCAGUAUGAUGUCGAAGCCAUCAAACAACCACCUCGAGAGUGGGUUACUCCGCCUAGUUACACUCCCUUGAAAGAAGCUUUUCAUUGUCACCAGCACAUUGCAUCCCACAUCAACACUUAUCCCAACUUGCACCAGACAUUGGUGCAGGCUGUCGCAGAUGAAAUCAGAGAAUUGCAUCAAGCAGGCACCACUGUCGUCACUUUCCCUCUCACUCACCUCUACCGCAAGACAAGUGUGAAAAGGAAAUACCUCAAGGGAACUGACUCUACACUUUUCGACACUCUCGAGAAACAUUUCAACGUUGUCCUCCAUCCUGUUCUUAUCCGUGCCAUCGAAGAUGGCAAUGAUUAUGACUGUCUGGAGCAGUUCUAUGCACACAAGUAUCAAUUGUCUGAGGAUAAUGAAGAGGAGCCUUCUGGCGCUCAAAGAAAGUGA